AUGGCUCGAACACAAACCCAGAGACCCUGUUCAAGCAUCCUCGAUUCUCUGGGGGAAGAAAUCGUGAGAAUCAUCGCACCCGUUUCAGUAUGCAUGUUCUUGGUCGUAAUAUUGGUGUCAAUUCUGAACACCGAUUCUUCUCUUUUCGACGCAUCGAUGAGCAUGGUCACCAUGGCCUACACCGAGACAAACUCGGACUCCACCUGGGACAAAUUCCUUGGUGCCCUUUUGAACUCCUUGGCUUUCGUCGUCCUGGUCACCUUCGCAACCUUCAUCUUGGUCCUCCUCUUCUACUUCCGAUGCACUAGGUUCUUGAAACUCUACAUGGCUUUCUCCACUUUCAUCGUGCUGGGAUUCCUCGGCGGUGAAGUUUCUCUGUUCUUGAUCCAACAGUUUAACACUCCCAUUGAUUGCAUUACGUUUUUCCUCUUGCUGUGUAAUUUCGCUGUUGUUGGUGUUUUGACCGUGUUUAUGUCAAAAAUGGCGAUUUUUGUGACGCAGGGUUAUUUGGUUGUUAUUGGAAUAUUGAUUGCUUAUUCAUUUACUAUGCUGCCUGAGUGGACCACCUGGGCCUUGCUUGUUGCCAUGGCUUUGUAUGACGUUGCUGCAGUUUUGUUACCAAUUGGGCCCUUGAGGCUUUUGGUAGAGCUUGCAAUAUCAAGAGAUGAGGAAAUUCCCGCAUUAGUUUAUGAGGCUAGGCCUGUGAACCAUGGUAAUUUGAAUCCUGGGGAUCUUGCCCAGAGGCGGCGGUUAUGGAGAGAAAGGAGGGUUGAAAAUUCAAAUCUCCAAACUGAUUCCAACUGGAAUGCCGACUCAGUGUUGGGUCACGGCCCCAGCGUUGAUUCCCCCUCCGAUUCUGAUGCAAGCCCCAGCAAUAACACGAACAUAGUUAGAGAAAAUGCAGAUUUGAGAGCUAAUAGUUCUGAUGGCUCUUAUGGUUGCAGAAAUUUGGUGAGUGCAGAAGAGGGACGGAUGCGACUUCAUGAGACUGAUACGGCUCUUUCUGCGCCCUUGAUUGAUCGUGGAAUGAAUGUCCAGCUUGGUAGGGGGGAAGAUGCUGUGCCAAGUGAGAAUUUGAUGCUAGAGGGAAUUGGAUUGGGUUCUUCUGGUUCAAUCAAGUUAGGGCUAGGAGAUUUUAUCUUCUAUAGUGUUUUGGUUGGCAGGGCGGCAAUGUAUGAUUUUAUGACGGUGUAUGCAUGCUAUCUUGCUAUCAUUGCGGGUCUUGGCAUAACUUUGAUCCUUUUGGCUUUAUAUCAGAAAGCUUUGCCUGCUCUUCCUGUGUCAAUAGCACUGGGAUGUCCUAUUGAACCUUAUGGAGAUGUAGGGGAUCUAACCCUGCCCCACCACCACCACCACAUAACCGUUGUGCGACCCAAAGACCGGAUUGAGGCUUGGAAAGGCGAUAAGUUGGCAUAUGAAGGUGCAUGGCAUCGAAAGUUCGUUAGUGGUUAG